UCGGAGGAAAGAAUGGAAAGAAUGAGAGUAACGCAAAGCUCUGAUCUUUUUCUGUAGUUGGAAUGCGAAACGAGCUUGAUGCUCUUCCAUGCCACGUUCAAUCUACCACAUAAAUCCAAUCUCCUCAACGCUCCCUUCUUCUUCAGUCCUUUGAAGAUAAUGAUGAUCUCCUCCAUGGCGUCUGUAUCGUCACUUCAUUCCCCUCAACCCACCUCCAUAGAAACCUCCCUUCUUUCCCUCUUCGAAACCUGCAAAUCAAUGCACCAGCUCAAGCAACUCCACUGCCAAGCUAUCAAGACCGGCCUCUUUACAAACCCAUCUGUGCAAAACAAGAUCAUCGCGUUCUGUUGUACAAGUGAUUUGGGCGAUGUUAGUUAUGCACGCAACGUGUUUGAUGCAGUUCCUGAACCGGGUGUUUUCCUCUGGAACACUAUGAUUAAAGGGUAUUCUAGAGUGGAUUGUCCUAGAAAUGGGGUUUCCAUGUAUUUGAGUAUGCUGAAUAGGGAUGUUAUACCGGAUAAUUAUACGUACCCGUUUCUGUUGAAGGGUUUUACGCGUGAGGUUGGGUUGGAAUGUGGCAGGGAAUUGCAUGCUCAUGUUGUGAAAUUUGGGUUCGAUUCGAAUGCCUUUGUGCAAACUGCUUUGGUAAAUAUGUACUCCUUGUGUGGGCAAAUGCGUAUGGCUCGUGGGGUUUUUGAUAGAAGUAGCAAGACAGAUGUGGUUAUUUGGAAUGUGAUCAUAACCGGGUAUAAUAGAAUGAAGCAACAUGAUGAAACUAGUAAGCUUUUCUGUGAAAUGGAGAAGAAUGGGGUGGUGCCCUCUGCGGUCACCUUGGUUUCGUUGCUAUCAGCUUGCUCCAAAUUGAAGGAUUUGGAGGUUGGCAAGAGGGUCCAUAGGUAUGUUAGAGAAUGCAAGAUAGAACCCAAUUUGAUAUUGGAAAAUGCUCUGAUUGAUAUGUAUGCAGCUUGUGGGGAAAUGGAUGUCGCACUUGGGAUUUUUGACAGGAUGAAGAAGAGGGAUGUAAUUUCUUGGACUAGUGUUGUUACAGGGUUUGUAAAUAUUGGACAGGUUGAUUUGGCACGCAAGUAUUUUGAUAAGAUGCCAGAAAGAGACUAUGUCUCAUGGACUGCUAUGAUUGAUGGGUAUGUUCGAGUGAACUGCUUUAAAGAGGCCCUGACUCUGUUUCGCGAGAUGCAAGCAGCAAAUGUAAGACCAGAUGAGUUCACUAUGGUCAGUAUUCUCACAGCUUGUGCUCACCUAGGGGCUCUACAGUUAGGAGAAUGGAUAAAGACCUACAUUGAUCGAAACAAGGUCAAGAAUGAUAUCUUUGUGGGAAAUGCUCUGCUUGACAUGUAUUUUAAAUGUGGAAGUGUAAAGAAAGCACGAACUGUAUUUAGUGAAAUGCCUCGGAGAGACAAAUUCACUUGGACAACCAUGAUUGUUGGACUUGCCAUCAAUGGCCACGGUGAAGAAUCUCUUGACAUGUUCUCCAAAAUGCUAAGGGCUUCAAUUCAACCAGAUGAAAUAACUUUCAUCGGUGUUCUCUCUGCCUGCACUCACACUGGCUUGGUAGACAAGGGAAGAAAGUUAUUUGCUGGCAUGACUACCCAAUAUGGGAUAGAACCAAAUGUAGCUCACUAUGGGUGCAUGGUUGACCUUCUUGGACGUGCUGGGUAUUUACAAGAAGCUUGUGAAGUUAUAAAGAAUAUGCCAAUGAGACCAAAUUCUGUUGUCUGGGGAGCUCUUCUUGCUGCUUGUAGAGUACAUAAAGAUGCAGGAAUGGCUGAAAUGGCAGCUAAACAGAUGCUUGAGUUAGACUCUGAUAAUGGAGCUGUUUAUGUCUUACUUUGUAAUAUAUACGCAGCUUGCAAUAGAUGGGAUAGUCUGCAUCAGCUAAGAAAACUAAUGAUGGACAGAGGAAUCAAGAAAACCCCAGGUUGCAGUUUGAUAGAGAUGAAUGGUGUUGUUCAUGAAUUUGUAGCUGGCGAUCAAUCGCAUCCUCAAUCUGAAGAAAUAUAUUUCAAGCUGGAAGAAAUGAAAAGUGACUUGAAACUAGUAGGAUAUUCACCUGAUACUUCUGAGGUGUUCCUGGAUAUAGGAGAAGAGGAUAAAGAAAGCACACUAUACCGGCAUAGCGAGAAGCUAGCCAUGGCUUUUGGACUAAUCAACGCAGGACCCAGGGUUACAAUUAGAAUUGUGAAGAACCUCAGAAUGUGUGUGGAUUGUCACUGUGUGGCAAAAUUGGUGUCAAAGCUUUAUGAUAGAGAAGUAAUUGUUAGAGAUCAAACUCGAUACCAUCAUUUCAGGUAUGGCUCAUGUUCUUGUAAUGAUUACUGGUAAGAACACAAUAUCACCUAGAAUGUGUAGAAUGGAGCAUUCAAUUUUUCUCUCUGUAACUAGAUCUAAUUAUAGAGAACAACUACGAUUAAGGCUUCAAAUCUGUACGCCUGGGAAAACCAAUAUCUAUAUUUCUUGUUCUAAGAUCAAUCAACUUGUCUUAAUUUU